GGAAGAUAACAAAAAACCGAAAAUUGACCAAGACAGGAAUGGACACGUGUCCAUUUCCUUGAUCCACCAAACCGUGACUAUAACCCUGUCCCAUUCUCUCUCUCUCUCUCUCUCCCUGCGACGCUCUCACUUUCUCCUCACCACCACCAUCAUUAUGUCACCCUUGUAAAAACAAGCAAACCCUACUUACUCUGAAAGUGGCGAAGAUGAGUUUGGGAACCGCGGAGGACGAAUCCGGUUCCGAAAUCCACAUCCCAGCCGAAAUCGACUGGCACAUGCUGGACAAAUCCAAGUUCUUCUUCCUCGGCGCCGCCUUAUUCUCCGGCGUGUCGUGCGCACUCUACCCCAUGGUCGUGUUGAAGACGCGUCAGCAAGUUUCCUCCUCACGCUUCUCCUGCCUCAACAUCUCCUGCGCCAUUCUCCGCCACGAGGGCCUCCGCGGCUUCUACAAGGGCUUCGGAACCUCCCUCAUGGGAACCAUCCCCGCACGUGCGCUCUACAUGGCCUCCCUCGAGAUCACCAAAAGCAACGUCGCCACCGCCUUCCUCCAAUUCGGCUUCUCCGAGACCACCGCCGUGGCUGUGGCCAACGCCGCCGCGGGCGUCACCUCCGCCAUGGCUGCCCAGCUCGUGUGGACCCCAAUUGAUGUCGUGAGUCAGCGGCUCAUGGUUCAGGGGAGUGGCGGGAGUAAAACCACAGUGCUCGCGAAUCUCAAUUCGGAAAAUUACAGAAAUGGGUUUGAUGCUUUUAGGAAAAUUAUGUGUGCUGAUGGAGCGAUAGGCUUUUAUAGAGGCUUUGGGAUUUCUAUAUUGACUUAUGCGCCUUCCAAUGCGGUUUGGUGGACUUCUUAUUCCAUGGUUCAUAGACUCAUUUGGGGUGCUUUUGGUUCUUACAUGGGAAAUAACAAUGGUAGAAAGGGAAAUGAAAAGAAUGAUAGUAAUAAGUAUAGCAGGCCUGAUUCGAAGGCAAUGGUGGCGGUUCAAGGGUUGAGUGCUGUUAUGGCAAGUGGGGUAUCUGCGAUUGUGACAAUGCCGCUUGAUACGAUAAAGACGAGGUUGCAGGUGUUGGAUCUUGAAGAGGGGAAUGGGAGAAGGAGGCCUUUGACUUUUGUUCAGACGGUGAGGAAUUUGGUGAAGGAAGGUGGGUUGCUUGCUUGUUACAGAGGAUUGGGUCCGAGAUGGGCUUCCAUGUCCAUGUCUGCCACAACUAUGAUUACUACUUAUGAGUUUUUGAAAAGAAUGUCUACCAAGAAUCAAGAGGAUUUGACUCCAUCAUAGGCCAGCCACUCAAAUAUUGUUAGGAAUUGGAGAUUAAGAAUUAAGAAUUAGGAUCAAUCACUUGUUUCUUUGCUUGGAUUUUUCUUUGUCAUUUCUAGCACUCUAGUCUACCUCAUCUGACACCAAAUACAAUAUGAUGUUGAGAUUGUAUAUACAACUCUUGUUUUUUUCUAUCUUUUGUCUAGAUCUUUUACCAAAUACAAUACUUGUGAUUUUUACUAAUUUUUUAUAGGGCUUGUCUUUUAGAUUUUAGAAUAUGGAAGUAUUGCUAUGCUCCUUAUUAGUUUA